GGGAUGCUGCCAGCCCUCCCGGGGCCGCGCUCGCUCAGCCGCCGCCGCCGCACGGAGCAGCCGCGCGCCGGGAGCCGCGGGCCGGGCCAGCCGGGCCGCCGGGGCCCAGAGCGCCGCGCUCGCAGCGGGUAGCGCCUCCAGCGCCGUCCGCGCUCGCUCGGCGGCCGCGGGGCCGCAGGCCGGUCAGGAGAGGCGGCGAAGGCGGCGCCCAAGCGCCCGCCGCCCAGCAGGCAGGAUGAGCAUCGAGAUCCCCGCGGGACUGACGGAACUGCUGCAGGGCUUCACGGUGGAGGUGCUGAGGCACCAGCCCGCGGACCUGCUGGAGUUCGCGCUGCAGCACUUCACGCGCCUGCAGCAGGAGAACGAGCGCAAAGGCGCCGCGCGCUUCGGCCAUGAGGGCAGGACCUGGGGGGACGCGGGCGCCGCCGCCGGGGGCGGCACCCCCAGUAAGGGGGUCAACUUCGCCGAGGAGCCCAUGCACACCGACUCCGAGAACGGGGAGGAGGAGGAGGAGGCCGCGGACGCCGGGGCGUUCAACGCUCCUGUAAUAAACCGAUUCACAAGGCGUGCCUCGGUAUGUGCAGAAGCUUAUAAUCCCGAUGAAGAAGAAGAUGAUGCAGAGUCCAGGAUUAUACAUCCCAAAACUGAUGAUCAAAGAAAUCGAUUGCAAGAGGCUUGCAAAGACAUCCUGCUGUUUAAGAACCUGGAUCCGGAGCAGAUGUCUCAAGUGUUAGAUGCCAUGUUUGAAAAACUGGUCAAAGAAGGGGAGCAUGUAAUUGAUCAAGGUGAUGAUGGUGACAACUUCUACGUGAUUGAUAGAGGAACAUUUGAUAUCUAUGUGAAAUGCGAUGGUGUCGGAAGGUGUGUGGGGAAUUACGAUAACCGCGGGAGUUUCGGUGAACUGGCCUUAAUGUACAAUACGCCCAGAGCAGCUACAAUCACCGCUACCUCUCCUGGUGCUCUGUGGGGUUUGGACAGGGUAACCUUCAGGAGAAUAAUUGUAAAAAAUAAUGCCAAAAAGAGAAAAAUGUAUGAAAGCUUUAUCGAGUCACUGCCAUUCCUUAAAUCGUUGGAAGUUUCUGAACGCCUGAAAGUGGUGGAUGUGAUAGGCACCAAAGUAUACAACGAUGGAGAACAAAUCAUUGCUCAGGGAGAUUUGGCGGAUUCUUUUUUCAUCGUAGAAUCGGGUGAAGUGAAAAUCACUAUGAAAAGGAAGGGUAAAUCAGAAGUGGAAGAGAAUGGCGCCGUGGAAAUCGCUCGGUGUUCUCGGGGACAGUACUUUGGAGAGCUGGCUCUGGUCACUAACAAACCUCGGGCAGCUUCCGCGCACGCCAUCGGGACUGUCAAAUGUUUAGCUAUGGAUGUGCAGGCGUUUGAAAGGCUUUUGGGACCUUGCAUGGAAAUUAUGAAAAGGAACAUUGCCACCUAUGAAGAACAAUUAGUUGCUCUGUUUGGAACUAACAUGGAUAUUGUUGAACCCACUGCAUGAAGCAAAAGUAUGGACAAGACCCAUAGUGACAAAAUUACACAGUAGUGGUUAGUCCACUGAGAAUGUGUUUGUGUAGAUGCCAAGCAUUUUCUGUGAUUUCAGGUUUUUUUCCUUUUUUACAUUUACAAUGUAUCCGUAAACAGAGUAGUGAUUUAAUACUCAAUAGGCUUUACCAUCACUUUCUAAAGAGUAGGUCAAAAAAAUACUGACAUACUGAUGAGAUGACUUUGUACUCCACAAAAUUAUGAUUUGAGUGAAAGAUUUAUUCAGAUGAUUGUAAUAUACUGAAAGUAUCUGUGUGUAAGAAGAUAAUUAAAGGAUGCUGCCGUGGGUGAUACGUGUUCAUUUGGACUUCCCCGGAUUGCUGUGUUAGUGAGUGUGCCCGUGAAAAGGGACCCUGGCAGUGACUCAUGCUGGACAGCCUUGCAUCACAUUCUUUUUACAACUCACUAUAUAUAGUAAGUACAGUUUUAACCAUUUUUGUUUUCUCAAGUUUUUCUGGCUUGAUAAGUUAUGUGCUGGCCUUGGACUACGGUAAAAUGGUAGAACACAUGAUAUGCAAUUUUCAAACCUUUUCUAUUUUUGCAAUAAAGUACAUUCUGACUUCUUUGGCAUAAUGUCAGUAACCUCCGUACUCCAGUGGUUUUAAGGACAGGCAAUGUAGUCAUUAUGAUAAUAGGGAAGAGUCUUUUUUAGAUGAUUUAGAUCAUUGACACAGUUUGCUCCUAAAGCAUAUAUCUGCCUCCUUUUUCCAUUUUGUAGUUCUCUGUACUCUUUAAAAGUUUGAGUUCGACAUGUAAUGUCACAAAUAGUUUUUUUAAAUGCUAUUUAAACUUGUCUUCUAGAAGUCAGAGAUCUUACAUAUGCAAAAAAA